GUACGGAAGUAGGGAAACGGUAAGACGUAGGAGGGUAGGGAAGGAAUUCAAAAGGGAAAACAAUCUGAAUCGAAGGGGACGGUUCCAAAGGCAAUCUCGCUGCACUGAGAAUUUGAAAGAUCGGAGAGUAGGGAACGAUUCAAAUAAGAAAAUAAAUGGACCAUUCCGGGUGUUUGAUUGACCCGGAGGAGUUGCUCUCGAAAAGCGGUACCAUGAAUUCAAGAGAGCAGGAACAGAGGGAAAGAAACCGUGACCAGAAAUCUGAAAGAAACCGCUGCCUGAAAGAGAGCAUUGAUCAGAUCCAUCUGAUAUUGAAACGAGUAGGCGUCAAGAAAUUCGCUAGUCCAAGAAAAGUGAGGUAAUUUAUUGGUAACCGUCGAAUGAGUGGUCACCGCCGGAGGUCGAGCGAGUCCAGGGAACUUUGAGCGAUCUGCCCAGGGAUGACCCGGUUGAGCAGCGACGAUGCGUUGCAUCCAGGCAGACGAAGAGCCGUCAUCAGGAGAGCCUGAAAGUGAGAGCCACGGUCCGGCGGUACAGCAUUGCAGUAGACGAUCAAGGUCCCGCGAACGGUAACCUCGGUGGACGAACGUGGCGAUCAGUCAGCAAGGUCUAUCUCUCAGAUUACGAGUAGUGCAAUUAGUUACUGAUAAAUUAGUAGUGCCAUUGUACAAGUAUGGCGACACAAGCAUUUCGUGGCAUUCAGAAGCUGAGUCAAGUGUUCGAUGCAGGAAUAAGGACACUGAACCCCAUAUUAAGACGUGCAUCGACCUCAUCGCAGGCUAGAAUUGUGACGGGACCAAAUAACGAGAAGAUUAUUAUGUCUUCGUUUGGCAAUGCUUCUUAUCCGGAAACUUCGAUCCACGAGUUCAUUUGGAGCGACAGCGAGAAUUAUCCUAAUCACAUUGCUUUGGAAUGUGGCGUAAGUGGUAAGAAGUAUACGUACGCGCAAGCCAAGGAUGCGACAAGUUAUAUCGGUAGAAGUUUGCGGAACAUGGGUCUCAAAAAGGGCGAUGUGGUAGCACUAGUGACACAAAAUUUACCGGACACAGUUUUAGGUUUUCUUGGAAGCGUGUCAGGCGGACUUGUUGUUACUACUGUAAAUCCGCUUUACACAUCUGAGGAAAUGCGGAGACAAUUUUUGAAAGUUAGUGCAAAAGCAGUCAUUACUUCGACCGCAAUUGCAUCCGCAGUGCUCGCUACAACAAGGUCAUGUCUUCCACGUGAAACUCCUUUUAUCGUGAUUGACGAUAAGAGUGGUUCCAUGCCAGAGGGUUCGAUACCUUUUGACGAUCUCAUAACACGAGGCAAAUCAUUAUCACCUGUAAAUCCAAACAUUAAUUGCGACGAUCUAGCGGUUCUACCAUUUUCAAGUGGCACUACUGGAUUACCAAAGGGUGUUAUGUUAACGCACCGUAAUUUGGUGUCUAAUAUAAUGAUGGUUCAUUCCUCUUUCGGCGAUACCUUUCGUCCUACUACAAACACAUAUCAAGAAGUAAUACCUGCAGUACUACCAAUUUUCCACAUUUAUGGGAUGAAUGUUAUGGUAUUUCCGCGUCUUACUUUCGGCGGGAAGAUAGUCACUAUUCCAAAAUUUGAACCGGAUAUGUUCGUCAACGUAUUGGAGAAAAGCAAGGCGACUGCACUGUUUUGCGUACCACCCAUAGUGCUAUUUCUAACGGCUUCCCCUCUUGUGAAGAAACAUCAUUUCGAGCACAUGCAUAUGAUGAUUAGUGGUGCCGCGCCGCUCGCUCAAACAGACGUCGAUAGGUUCUACGAGAAGUACAACAUUGAUCCUAAAGUUUUUAAGUUCCAUCAAGGUUACGGAUUGACGGAAAGUUCGCCAGUGUGUUUCCUCGAACACGGGAAAAAAUAUUCUAGCAUCGGGCAAAAUGUAGCGAGUUGCCAAGUACGCCUGGUGGAUCCAACGUCGCAGGAGAAUGUUAGUAUUCCAGGUCAAACCGGUGAGUUAUGGGUCAAGGGACCUCACAUUAUGAAAGGAUAUCUCGAUGACGAAGUUUCUACAAAGAAUACUAUAACCGAGGAUGGUUGGUUGAAAACGGGUGACGUCGCAUACUUCGAUGAAGACUUCGAUUUCUAUAUUACAGAUAGAUUAAAAGAACUCAUCAAAGUCAAAGGAUUCCAGGUACCACCGGCGGAACUGGAAGCUGUGUUAAGGACGCAUCCAGACGUGGAGGAAGCGGCAGUGAUUGGUAUUCCACACGAGAGACAUGGUGAGGUGCCAAAAGCAUUCGUGGUGGUGAGCAAGGGUAAGAAACCUACGGAGGACGAAAUUAAAAACUUCGUGAAAGGGAAGGUCUCCGACUACAAGCAAUUAAAAGGUGGAGUCACAUUCGUUGACGAUAUUCCAAAGAAUGCGAGUGGAAAAAUUAUAAGAUCAAAGUUAAAGCAAGGCUACAAGUCUUAACGUUACCAAAGUGAUGUAUUUUUUAUAAGAGAAUUAUUAAAAAAAAAAAGAUGUUAAUGAUAUUAAAAAUUGUACAGCAUGUUGUACAAAGAUAAAUAGAAUGCAAUUUUCGGACGAGUAAAUAUUAUGUUUACGUGUACAGUUUUGUUAAUGAAACACUAUUUUUGAUAUAAAUAUGUAUAUAUAGAUUACCUAGUUCGUUAGAAAUAGAACGUAAUAUCAAAAGACAUUGUUAUAACUUUAAGAAUAGUAUAAUUUUAAUUGCAAUAUAAUAUUAAUUAUAAACAUAUAUCAAGUAGAAUUUCUUUCAAGAAGACAAUUUUUUGCUAGUAUUGAAGAUAAUUAGAAAUGUUUGAAACAAUAUUUACUGUGUGUGUAUGGACAAAAGUCCUAAUACGAAGAUGUUGAGGAUAUAAUAGUUUUUUAUUAUUAGCGAUCGAAAUUUACGAAUUGUAGAACUGACAUGUCGUGCGUUCAAGCAUAUAAUAUGACAAGUAAUAAAAGUGUUAUGGCAAGUAAUAUCACGUAUCGGUUCCUUUCACAACAAUAGAGAUUUUCAUAUAAAUAUGUGACGAUAUUUUCAUUAAGAAACUAUUUCUGGUUCUACACGGAACCUAUUUGAACAUUAUAUAUGCAUAAUUAUUAUAAUAUCGGAACAUAUCAUAAAGUAUUCAUUAGCGAAAUAUUACGACAUGUGUCACCUGUCAAAAUUAAUUUUAUAAUCACGUUUAUUUGUCUCGUACAAAAGAUGUCAAGAUUCCAAAGUUUCGAACACAUUGGCAAAUUGUGAUAUGUAAUAUGUGUGCCUGAAUAUGUGCAAAUUGUAAAUUAAAAAUUUAAGUAUUAAAAAUAACAAUGAGAAUUGAUAUUUAUUAAUUUUUUGUUAUUACUGUUCAUUAAUAAUUAUUCAUUAAUAUGUGUUUGAGUGUAUGUGUGUGCGCGCGUGCGCGCAUAUGUUCGUGUGUACAGCACAAGACAGUGUAUAUAAUGUAUACAAUAGCAUACAUAUGUUUUAAUAAUAUUUUGAUAUAACUAUUGUAUCUUAGUUUGUACUUAAAAUUUACAUAAUGUUAGUCUGUUGAAUAAAACGGAAUUUUAUAAA